CGUUGAGCUUAUUGAGCAAACUGAGCACACUGAGCGCACUGAGCACGACAGACACGUUGAAUAUGCUUUCGUAGACCUAGAAUCGCAUCCGAUAGCACCAAUACCCGCUGGACGUGCACAGCACGAGUUCGCUUGGGCGGCUUCUGUUCCUCCUCCUGCUGUCCGUCGCUGUCCAUCGCCGUGCUAAUCGUGCUAGCCCUCGCUACUCUCCACUAAUCGCAAUACCGCACUUCUGUCGUUCUCCUACCCACUGGACCCUUUGUCUCUCUUCCCCGCCUCCCCACGGACCCUUGGCCAGGACCCUGGCCGCGCGUGCCCGCACACACCCCUUCCCCGCGUUCGCUUCGUUCUCGCGAGAUUCUGGUGCCCGUCUCUCCCCAUAUCUCCCUGAAUCCUCCCUUACGAUUUUUUGCGAGGAAUACCGAGAUUCUCAGAUGUUGUGUGGCGCAGGCACAGCAACUCGACCCAUUGCUCGUUUCAUUUAUGGCCUUAUUGGACUCAAAGUCGGCGCACACGAAUCCGUAGGUGGUUCGAACCAUAGGUUCGACCCAAUUUUAAAAGCCGGUCUCAUCCACCGAUUUAUUCACCACACUUGACUCACUGAACUCUACGUCUGCAAUCACCCACAACGAUACAAAAUGAAGACUGACGGCAACACAACCCUCGAUACUACCAUCUCCAUGGAGGAGCUUGAACGUACCGUCAAGAGCGCGUACGAAGCUUUGGCUAAAGACCAACAGGACGAUGGACACUGGAUCUACGAGCUUGAGGCAGAUGUCACUAUUCCCGCUCAAUUCAUUCUGCUGGAACACACUCUGGACAAGAUCGACGAAGAACUGGAACAAAAGAUUGCUAAUUACCUUCGUCGUUGCCAGAGCAGAGAGCACUGGGGCUGGCCAGUGUACUACGGCGGUGAGUUCAACAUUUCUGCAUCCGUACAGGCCUACUUUGCCUUGAAAAUGACUGGAGAAGAUAUUAAUGCCCCUCACAUGGUCCGUGCCCGCGAGGCUAUCCUUGCUCACGGUGGUCCUGAAUACGCAAACGUGUUCACGCGUAUCCAGUUGUCUCUUUUCGGCGAAGCCUCUUGGCUGGCUACUCCCUUCAUGCCCGUCGAGAUCAUGCUGCUGCCCCGAUGGAUGUACUUUUCUAUUUGGAACAUGUCGUACUGGUCCCGUACAACUGUGGCUCCUCUCCUUAUUGUGGCCGAUCUGAAGCCCAAGGCCAUCAACCCUCGCAACGUCCAUAUCCCAGAGCUUUUCCCGACGCCUCCCGACAAGGUCAAGACGUGGAUCCACGGCCCGUUCCGCUCCAAAUGGGGCCACGUCUUCAAGUUCAUUGACACGGCUAUCCGCCCCUUCACCCGCUUUGUGCCCAGCUUCCUGCACAAGAAGGCCUACAAGGCUGCUCUCGACUUCAUUGAGCCCCGUCUCAACGGUGUAGACGGUCUCGGUGCUAUUUACCCCCCCAUGUCUUACAGUGCCGUCAUGUACCGUGCCCUCGGUAUUCCUGACGACGAUCCUCGCGCUGCUACCAACUGGGAGGCCUUGAAGGGUCUCCUCGUCAUCAAGGAGAGAGAGGCCUACUGCCAAGCCUGUGUCUCUCCCGUGUGGGACACGGCCCUUUCCGGCCAUGCUCUUAUGGAAGCCUCUUUCGGUCCUGACGGCAUCAACGCCGACCGCACCGAGAAGCUUAUUGACAGAGCCGCUCACUGGCUUCGUGCCCACCAAGUUCUGAAUGUCGUGGGUGACUGGGCCAUCAACAACCCCAAUCUCCAACCCGGUGGUUGGGCCUUCCAAUACGGUAACGACUACUACCCUGAUGUUGAUGACACUGCCGUUGCCGCUAUGUUGUUGCACCGCCAGAACCUGCCUGAGAACGAAGAGGCUUUGGACCGUGCCCGCAAGUGGAUCAUCGGUAUGCAAAGUUCCAACGGCGGUUGGGGUGCUUUCGACAUUGACAACGACAAGCAAAUCCUCAACGACAUUCCUUUCGCCGACCACGGUGCUCUUCUCGACCCUCCCACCGCUGAUGUGUCUGCUCGUUGCAUUUCUUUGCUUGCCGAGCUGGGCCACCCCGAGGAUCGCCCUGUCAUUGAGCGCGGUAUCAAGUACCUGCGCAAGGAGCAAGAGGAGGACGGUUCUUGGUUCGGCCGCUGGGGCACCAACUACAUUUACGGUGCCUGGUCCGUUCUCUGCGCUUUCAACGCCUCCGGUGUUCCCCACGACGAUCCUUCCGUUUUGAAGUGUGUCAACUUCCUGAAGUCUGUUCAACGUGAAGACGGCGGCUGGGGUGAGAGCUGUGAAACCUACGAGGGCUCCGCUCACGGCGUCUACACCGAGAGCUUGCCUUCUCAAACCGCCUGGGCUGUUUUGGGUCUGAUGGCAUCUGGUCGCCGUACCGAUCCCGCUGUUAAGCGUGGUAUCGUCUGGUUGAUCCAACACCAACAAGACAACGGUGAAUGGGCUGAAGAACCCUUCAACGCUGUUGGAUUCCCCAGAAUGUUCUACCUUCACUACCUUGGUUACAAGCAAUUCUUCCCUCUGCUGGCUCUGGCUCGCUACCGUCACAUGGAGAAGUCUGGCACCAACAACGUUUCCUUUGCUUUCUAAGCACCCCCCAUUUAAUGUCUCGUUUGGUUCUAAGCAUCUUAUUUCCACAAUGAAGUACUACUAUUAUAUUUCUGUGGCACCCAACCGUACAUGACUGGUAAUUUGGGUUGGCUGUGUAUUAAUUGUUGCGCGUGUUGCACUUAUGGCUAUUAAACAGUUGAAAUAAUUUGGUUUGCGCACAGUGGGUUUCAAGGCAUCUGGAUUCCAAAUUCGGCUUUGCCUGAGGCAACUUUUAAUAGCUACUUUAUAUAUAUCUAUAAUAUCCGUUAUGUGCGAAAACAAAAACGAGGAGGACAGAAGUGGUGACUGAGGAGGGCAAGGAGGGCG